ACUACACCACACAACCACGAUUCAUUAAAAUUGUAUUUUUUUUGUUAAAAACACGAUUUGUUGUAAUUUCCAAUGUGUUUAAUAAAUAAAUUUCACAAAUCAACUAAAUUCCCUAUAAAUCAAUGAAAAAAUAAAGUUACGAAAUAGAUAAUUGUAAAAAUACGAAAAGCAGUAAGGAAAAAUAUUGAAAUAACGAGGAGAUAAAAAGCCAAACGCAACAAACAUGUCACGUCACAGAAUUGUACGGACCAUGGACUACAACGACGAGUAUGAUGGCUAUGAUGAUGUCUAUGAUGAUGUCUAUGGUCAUUCCGUAGAUGAUGACAACUGUAUUUCACCGACAGAUGCACAACAAUGGCUGUAUGAUCGCGCACGAGGUCAGAAUUCAAUGUCAUCAUUUAUGAGGGACAACAAAGAUAUAGCCGAAGAGGAGGAGGGCGAGGCAGACGAAGAUGCUGACAAAUCUUAUGAUAAAAACCGGCGGGAUUCGGAUAAUUUUCAAAUGCCGGUCUUAAAUGAUAUGGAGCAGGCCCAACUGACCUCUUGCAUCGAUGAGGUGCGCAGUGUGGUAGGCGACACAGUGUCCGAGAAGAGAAUUGUGGAAACAUCGAUUAAAUUUGGCUAUGACAUAACUAAGAUUUUGGAUGAAAUUCUAAAUGAUGAAUGCGAAAACAAGGCGAAGAGAUUGCAACAAGAGGCACCAAAUGUUUUGCUUAAAGGCCCCGGCCCACGUAAACUUGCUUUGGGUGAGUUGGAUAAAUCUGCUGCAUCAGCCCCCAUAGUAAAAGUAACAGCUGCCCAAGGUGAAGUUAAGCGGGGCUUCGAAAUAAGUUCUCCAUUGUUACAAAGUUCACCAGCUGUUUCGGGUCGCAAUACCCCAGUCGAUAUUAGUGAGGAUUCUGCAAAGAAGUUGCCUGCCGACAACUUGGCUUUGUUUAAAGUUUCUAAAGAGCAAGCACAACGAGACAACAAACAAUUGUACACCAAGGAACGUGCCGAUCAAAAGCAUCAUUUCCAUAUGAUUGUCAUUGGUCAUGUGGACGCCGGCAAAAGUACGCUUAUGGGUCAUUUAUUGUUCGACACGGGCAAUGUGUCUCAACGAGUUAUGCACAAACAUGAACAGGAGUCUAAGAAAUUGGGCAAACAGAGUUUUAUGUAUGCUUGGGUAUUAGAUGAAACUGGCGAGGAGAGAGCAAGAGGUAUUACCAUGGAUGUUGGACAUUUUCGUUUUGAGACUGACAGCAAAGUUAUCACUUUACUAGAUGCUCCAGGGCAUAAAGAUUUUAUACCCAACAUGAUAUCGGGAGCCACACAAGCUGAUGUUGCUUUAUUAGUCAUCGAUGCCACAAGAGGAGAAUUUGAGUCUGGUUUCGAUUUGGGUGGCCAAACUAGAGAGCAUGCCUUGUUGGUGCGUUCUCUGGGUGUCAAUCAAUUGGGCGUGGUGAUCAAUAAGCUAGAUACGGUGGGUUGGUCCAAAGAACGUUUUGAUGAAAUUGUACAAAAACUUAAAGGUUUCCUAAAACAAGCUGGCUUCAAAGAAUCAGAUGUUUCUUAUACACCCUGUUCCGGCCUUACCGGAGAGAAUUUAACAAAACCCUCUACCGAGGAGGCUUUGACCUCAUGGUAUAAGGGACCUCAUCUUCUAGCCGUCAUAGACAGUUUUAAAAUACCCGAGCGUUCAAUAGACAAACCUUUCCGCAUGUCAGUGUCGGAUAUUUAUAAAGGAACUGGCGCAGGAUUUUGCAUUUCAGGACGCAUUGAAACAGGUGUUUUGGCGAUCAAUGACAAAGUGUUGGUGGGAACUCUCAGGGAACAGGCUCAGGUUAAAAGUCUUCUAAUCGAUGAAAUGCCCCAAAAUACCGUAUUUGCAGGUGAUCAAGUCUCGGUUACUUUGUCGGGCAUAGAUGUUAACAAUAUUAUGGUGGGCAAUAUCAUAUGUGAUCCUCAACAUCCCAUACCCGUGACCACACGUUUUCAAGCACGCAUUCUGGUCUUCAAUGUCAAAGUACCCAUUACCAUUGGCUUCCCAGUGCUGUUGCAUCACCAGUCCCUAAUCGAACCGGCUGUUAUUAGUAAACUUAAUGCUCAGAUCCAUAAGGGUACAGGAGAAGUGGUUAAGAAGAAGCCCCGUUGUCUGGGCAAUAAUUCGUGUGCUCUAGUCGAGUUGGAAACCACACGUCCGAUUUGUAUUGAGCGCUAUGCUGACUUCAAGGAAUUGGGACGCGUCAUGUUACGUGUUUCGGGUGUUACCAUUGCAGCUGGUAUGAUUACAAAAAUUCGCUAAUACCUCCUCUUACUUCGAUGGAUAUUUUGAUUGUGUUUGACUUAAGUGUGUUCGAAAAGUUUUGUACUUUCACUUUCUUUCUCAAUUUAAAGUUUAUUUUUUAAGUUUUUUUUCGUACGUUAUUUGUAAUUGAUCGUUAAACUUUUUGUAACGAAUUUUUGUAAUAUUUUUAAUUUUGAUUUUUAAGUUUAUUUUUCAAGCCUAGUUUUGGCUGCUAAUAUAAAGGUAAUAAAAAUAUUCAAAAAUUAA